AUGCAGGUCUGGCUUGAACUUCCCUGGCCAGACAACGCGGCGCAGCUCCGGGGUGAAUGCACGACUGCCCGCCGAGGUCACGGGAACCCGUCGUGGAGGGGGAGCCUGGUCUUGGCGCUCGCGCACCAACGCCUCGGGCGGCACGCGGUCUUGACGUGGCGGUGCUGGGAGCGCAUGCACCUCUCCUUGGGGCCGCUGCACCACCUGACAGCUUUCUUCGUCUCGCGCCGGCGCCCUGCACGGAGGGUCAUGCCAUGGAGCCUCAUGCCUUGGCUCGGGGACGACGUCUUGCCUCGGAGACCUGCGUCCGUCUCUGGCCUCCUCUGCCCCUCCGUUCGGCUGGGCGACCACUGUUUCCACUCGCUGCCGGCGCGCAGUCCGCCAGCCGCCCCCGAGCGCUACCCCGGCCCUGGCUUCCUGCUACUCCGCGCGAGCGCCGCCGACGGGCCACGCCCGAGCCCUCCGCCUCAUGCUCGCGUGCUCCGCAGCUCCGCCACCGACUCUCCUGCCGCACCUAUGACCGGCUGCGUGGCGCGCCUCGCGCGCCGUCUCGUCCUCCCCUUCAGCAGCGGUCGCGCCGCUCGGCGCCGUCUCCGCCGUCUGCGUCGAGUCCGGCUCCGCCCCGCAGCCGUCACGCCGCCUCCCUCCCCGCGGGACCGCCAGCCAGCUCCGCGCCUCCGCGGCCGACUCCCCUGCGUGCCGGGCCGCCGCGGCCCCUCCGCCCUGCCCCAUGGCCGGCUCCCGCGCUGGCCGGCUCCGCCUGCCACCCGACUGCGCCUCCCCCGGCCGGCUCCCGUGCUGGCCGGCUCCGCCUGCCACCCUGCCUCCCCAGAGUCGCCGCGCCUGCGACUCGCUAGCCGGCCCCGUUUGCUCCGCCUGUGGGCGCGUCCGGCUCGUGGCGUGCACCGGAUAGACGUCCGCUUCAUCCGCCUCCACUCCCGCCAGCUCCGCCUCGGCCGGGGCCGGGAAGCGCCCGCCAGCUCCAGCCCCGCCCGUGGCCGGGUCGCGCCUGCCGGCUCUGCCCCCGCUCGUGGCCGGCUCCGGCUCGCGCCUCCAGCUUCGCCGCCACGCCUCGCCAGGCUCCGGCCCCUGCCGGGUCGCCUCCGCCCGAGGCCAUGUGCUUCGCCCCCGUCGGGUCGCGCCCGUCGCUCAACCAUCGUCCCCGACCAGCUGUUCCGGCCUCGUCUUCAACCCAGCCCGCCGCCUCCGCUCCCGCGCCGCGUCCCGGCCGCCGCCUUCUGCCGCGACUCGCCCGCCGGCUGCUGCCGCGCCCCGGCCUCCUGCGAUGGCCAGCUCCACCCGGCGACCCGGCCUGCCGGCUCCGCCCGCACCGGCUUCACCGGCGACCCGGCCUGCCGGCUUCGAGGCGGCCGGCUGCUCAGUCCGGUCCCCCCCAGCGCUUGCCGGCUCGCCGCGUGCGCCCGCGGGGCCGGGUCCAGCUCCUUCCGCGCUGCGCCGGGUCCGGCUGCCCCUGUGCGACCACGGCUCCGCCCCUGUUGA